AUGUCAAAAUAUAACUACGAAAAUUCAUUGCUUCAAAUUACUUUACCCACGUUGACAUCUUUCAAUGAAUAUCAUCGAGAAUUAAUCGAAUUAGCAGUUAAUUGUUCUUCGACAUCUUUAAUAAUUCACAUUUCUUGCCAAGAAAUUGAAUUUUACAGUAAUUAUCCAACAAAGUGUUGGUCCGAGAUUCGUGAUCUAUUAAACUUUUUGUAUAUAUCAGGAACUAAAGUUGCUUACGAAACUUUAAACCAUUUUCUUGAAAUUGACGUUAUUUUUGAAAAAUGGAAUGGUUAUAAUAUUGAAUUGAUUAAGGAAAAGAAUUUUGAUGUAUUUUUUGGAAGCGAAACAGAACAAUCUCGAUUGCAAGAGUUUAAUAAUAGUCGGAAAAAAGUUUCAUUAUCUGAAAUACAUAUUCAUAUACUUGAUACCAAAACAUCACCGAAAAACGUACAUGAUCAGAAUUAUCGAAGUUGUAAUGAUUGUAAACUUAAUGAGAACUCAAAAAUAUAUCAAACAGUCGCUGUUGGAGGAACUUUUGAUCAUUUGCACGCUGGACACAAAAUUUUAUUAACCUUGACAGCGUGGAUUGCUGAUGACUGUAUGCUUAAAAACAAAAAGUUCAAGGAAUAUAUGGAACCAAUCAAUAUGCGAAUAGCAAAAGUCACAAAAUUUUUAAAUGCAAUCCACCAAGGUUUGUUAUAUGAGGUUGAGCCAAUAUACGAUGUUUAUGGUCCAACUAUAUCUGAUCCAGACAUUCAUGCUCUUGUUGUGUCCAGAGAAACAGUUUCAGGAGCUGGGCUUAUAAAUGAUGAGCGACAAAAACGUGGUUUCGGAGCAUUAGAAACUUUUGUUAUUGAGGUAAUAUCUUCUUCGAAUCCAUCUCUUAAAGAAGGAGAGCUUAAAGAUCUUAAAUUAAGCUCGACGUACUUACGCGGGUUAUGCAAAAAUUCCGAGACCAAAUGA